GAUGCCGCCUAGUCCGGCGAUCGUGCUCCGUGUUCAGUUUUCGGAGGUCGCGCUCUUUCUCUGGCCGGCGGGGCGAUCCCGCGGCAGAGAACAGGCUUCCUGAGUUCGGGCGGCUCUUCUUUCCUCCUUAGGACCCACUUUGCCCUCCCAAGGUGGCAGCAGCUAUGUACGCGCUGCGAUCUCUUCUGCUUCUGCUGUUGCCUCUGUGUCCCGGUCCUGGUCCUGGACCCGGUAUCGAGGCAAAGGUCACCCGGAGUUGCACUGAGACCCGGCAGAUCCUGGGGGCCCGGGGAUAUAGCUUAAGCCUACUCCCUCCCGCCCUGAUCUCAGGUGAGCACCUCCGGAUCUGUCCCCAGGAGUACACUUGCUGUUCCAGUGAGAUAGAGCAGAAGCUGACCUGGGAGACUGAGGCCACCUUCCGAGGCCUGGUGGAAGAGAGCGGCUCCUUCUUGGUUCACACACUGGCUGCCCGGCACAGAAGGUUUGAUGAGGUUUUUCAGGAGGUGCUCUCAUCAGCCGAGCACUCCCUGUCCCUGCUCUUCCACCGCUCCUUCGGCCGCCUGUAUGCCCAGCACACCCCCUUGUUCAGUGGCCUGUUCUCUCGGCUACGGGACUACUAUGAGAGGUCCAGUGAGGGGUUAGAUGAUGCCUUGGUGGAUUUCUGGGCUCAGCUCCUGGAGAAAAUGUUCCCCCUGCUGCACCCACAGUACAUCUUCUCCCCUGACUACCUGUUCUGCCUCACGCGCCUGGCCUCUUCUGCUGAUGACUCUCUGAAGCCUUUUGGGGACUCACCCCGCCGCCUCCGCCUGCAGGUAACCCGGGCCCUGGUGGCUGCCCGGGCCUUUAUCCAGGGCCUGCAGACCGGAAGAGAUGUGGUCAGCGAAACGCUUAAGAUGCCGCUGUCUGAAGGCUGCAAACGGGCUGUGAUGCGUCUGACAGGCUGCCCCCUUUGUCGGGGGGUCCCCUCGCUGCCACCCUGCCGGGGCUUCUGCCUCAACGUGGCCCACGGCUGUAUCGGCAGCCAGGGACUGGAUCCUGACUGGGGGACCUAUCUGGACGGUCUCCUGUUCCUGGCAGAGAAGAUCCAGGGCCCCUUUUCCUUUGAGCUAGCAGCACAGUCCAUCGGGGUGAAGAUCGCUGAGGGUUUGAUGCAUCUGCAGGAAAACAGCGUGCGGCUGUCAGCCCAGGUGUUCCAGGAAUGCGGAAGCCCCCAACCGGCGCCGGCCCGCGCCCGCCGUGCCCCAGCCCCCCGGGAGGAGGUGGGCCGGCUCUGGUCGGCGGUGGCGGCGGAGGAGGAGCGGCCCACGACGGCUGCGGGCGCCAGCCUGCCCCGGCUGGUGUGGGAGCUCCGCGAGCGGCUGGGCCGGGUGAGGGGCUUCUGGGCCGGGCUGCCCCUGACAGUGUGCGGGGACCCCCGCGUGGCUGCGGACCUCUCCCAGGAGGCGGCGCCCUGCUGGACCGGAGCUGGGCGGGGCCGGUACUUGUCGCCCGUGGUCGGGGGUCCCCAGGCCGGGCAGAUCGACAACCCAGAGCUGGAUGCGGAAGCCUCGAGCCCCGACCUCCAGACGCGGAGGCGGCGGCUGCAGCUCCGGGCGGCCACGACCAGGAUGAAGGCGGCCGCCCUAGGACGCGACCUGGAGCUGGAGGACUGGGAGGACGCUAGCGGCUCUGGAGAGGGACAGCACUAUGCAGAUGACUGGAUGGCUGGGGCAGCAGCUGUGGCCCCCCCGGCCCGGCCUCCUCGCCCUCCUCGAAGGGAUGGUGCUGGGGGCAAAGGAGGUGUCAUUAUCCGCCACAGCCAAGACAGGAGCAGGACUGGAGGGACGUCUGUCAGUUUUCACACCCAACCCCUCCUCAUCCUCUUCCUCUCAGCCCUGGCCCUGCUUGGACCUCGAUAACUGGGGAGGGGUGCCCUGGCAUCAGAAGGAAAAAAGAAAGAAGAAAACAUAUCUCAUGGCCUCUGCCAUCUGCCACAUCCUUCACAAGCUUCCCUAUUUCACAUUUCAGUGUUCGACUCGAUGUUUAUUCUAUAAAUAAAUGGCUAAUUUAUUGGA